UUCAUCUCGGAUGGCUCAAUGCAGGAAGUUAUUCUGAAACCACAACACUGCUUCCUCUCGAUGAACAGUUCUCAAGAGAACCAUAAAGAAAGAUUGUUUCUGUUACAGCAUGCAACACAUUGACUGACUGCUCCACCGAUCAUUGUCCUUGUUAGUAAGUCCACACCUCUCCAUCCUGGGGGAAUGGACAGGCUUCAUCUGCUGCUAUUGGUUUGCGUAAAUGCAUUCUGUCCACGCUGCCAGCCACUGGAACAAGCAUCGCUGCGGUUCGUCGGGCUGGGGGACUGGGGAGGCCUCCCAUUCUUCCCCUACUACACCCCUCAUGAGCAGGCUAUCGCCAAAGAGCUCUCCUGGGUGGCCCAGACUCAGGGACUGGACUUUGUCCUCAGCCUGGGGGACCAUUUCUACUACAGCGGAGUGGAGGACGUGGAUGACCACCGCUUCAAGAAUACCUUUGAGGAUGUCUUCUCUCAAUCCUCGCUGGUUGACGUCCCAUGGUACCUGGUGGCAGGAAACCAUGACCACGUUAAAAACGUGUCCGCUCAGAUCGCUUACUCCAACAGAUCGAAGAGAUGGAGGUUCCCGGAGCUUUACUAUGAGCUUCAGUUCAAGGUUCCUCAGAGUAACGUGUCGGUGACCGUCCUGAUGGUUGACACAGUGGUGCUGUGUGGGAAUACUUAUGAGGGGACCCAGCCCAAAGGAGAGGAGGACCCGGAGGCUGCUGCCAAGCAGUUAGACUGGAUCAACUCCAGACUGGCAAACAGCAAGUCAGAGUUCAUUGUAGUGGCUGGUCACUAUCCUGUGUGGUCCAUUGGUCAUCAUGGUCCUACAAAGUGUCUUGUGGACAGACUACGUCCCCUGCUGAAGAAGUAUGAUGUCACAGUCUACCUGAGUGGCCAUGACCACAGCAUACAGUUUAUCAGAGAGGAUGAUGGGAGUUCCUAUGUGGUCAGCGGUAGCGGGAACUUUGCAGACGUGUCCACCAACCACAUCAACAGCUUCCCGUCGUCGUGGCAAUGGUUCUCCAACGCCGUCAACCGUACGUCCGGAGGAUUCGCUUACUUUGUGGUCACCGGGAACAAUAUGACUGUCAGCUACAUUCAGACUGACGGGAGAUGUGUUUAUCAAACAGCGCUGGCAAAACGCAAAGUCUGACACAGACAGAGGCAUCACGGUGAACGCGAACAUCAUCACGAACUACCAAUACGGAUAGUUAACAAUAAACUAAUACAGGCCUAAUAUACUGACUGUUUUUAACCUCUUAAACUCUCACAUUGUUGACUAAAACAACGCAUAUUGUAUACUACCCCUCAUAAAGUACAUUUCGGUUUCAGAACUGUAAGUCCUACAAAACACAUGCUUAGUACUGUUAGAAUGGUGGGAACUGAUAAAGGUGUCAGAAACGAUGGUGACUCCUACAAAGGUCAAGGUACAGCAGGCCAAAAAGACAGAAAUUAACCUUUUUAUUUAAUUUCUUCGGGGGGGGGUCCCCCCAUCCAUUGAUGUAAAUUGCUCCCGAGUGGCGCAGCGGUCUAAGGCACUGCAUCUCAGCGGUCUAAGGCACUGCAUCUCAGUGCUUGAGGCGU